AAAAGGACAAGACAAGAACGUGAAAAGUACGCCUUCUACUAUGGCAUGGGUUCCCGGAUGCUGCGUGAUGAUGAUGAACAGGAAUCAGGGAGAAGUCCACGAAGGGGAGAUAUGGAGAAAGGUGUUUGCCAAGAGGUUGAUUACUCUACAAUAGACAGGCUCAAACGGAAAGCAGGGGAACGAGGUAACAAGAAAUUCGCCAGGGUUCUCUACAAUUACGCGCCCCAAGACAGCGACGAGCUUAAACUGGAGGCCAAUGACGUCAUAGAGGUCAUCAAAGGUGAAAAUGGCGGUUGGUGGUUUGGAUAUCUCAAAGGGAAGGUCGGACUUUUCCCGUCCAACUAUGUGGAACUCGUGUCAACACCUCCUGUACACAGACCACAUCAUGUUGCAAGAAGAAGUGACAGAGAAGAACUAGAACGUAACGUGCAGCAGACGUUAGCACAGUUUGACGAAGUGUGUUCGGCCAAAAAAAUACCGGAACCCCGACGACGUGAGCGCGCAUCAGCUUCCACUGAUCCUGCCAUGUACCAGUCACGUGAUACUCGGGAUGACGUCACUCUGGAGAUGAAAUCGAGGGGCUUUCAUGGGAACGAGGUUAAACUGUGCCAAGUGCAUCACGGGAAGGAGGAUGACGCUGAUGAUGACGUUGACGAAUACAAAACUGUGUCUGUGUCUGAACGGAUCCGCCAAAUGGAACGGAAAGGGUUGAAUUAUGGCAAACAAUCUCAACUAUGACUGUCCGCAUCGACGCUUCCGUCCGCCCCUGGCACGCCAUCAAUGACAUCAAAGGCUUCGGCCAAAUCGUGCAUUCAAGAAGUUUUAGUGUGACGACAAUGGCAACGACAUUGACCAUUUUAACAUGGCGUUAUAGCCAGACGCGUACGGAUGCGACAGUCUUGGAUAUGUUUUAAUGUUGGAAUAUUAACAAUGGAAAUCCUCAAGCGCUGUGCAGCUAAUGUCCUCUGCUAAGAGGAAAAUAACCCAUGCAAUCUGUGAUUGACGGCAUCAUUGUAUGGAUGGUGGGAAUAGUAAAAAGUAUAUACUUGUCACAGUUUGCUCGUAUAUAUAAUUGGACGUAAGCAGCAAUUCGUGACUGUUUGCUACAUGUAUCGUCAUACUAACAAUUUCGACCGAUAGGGAUUUCUAAUACAUGGUGAUAUAAGGAAAGGGUAAUCUUUAUAUUAUAAAAGAAGACGUUCUAUAUAUGAUAAUAUCAGUUGUAGACCGAUAGUAUGGAACGUAGAACCCUAGCUCAUGCUAAACCCAUUGAUUGUACUUUCAAAUUCUACAAUGUCCUCAAGUUUAUUAUUAAAUACAUUGCCCCCAAUAUUAUUGUCCCUAGGUCCAUAAUAUAGGUGACUUCCAUGUAUAUACUAUAUACCAGCCAUUGAGAUUGCAUUGAGAUAUUUGCGUAAGCUGUAUCCCUAGCUGUAAGUAUGCAAUAAAUGUUAAUACAUGAAAAAACACCUUACGAUAUAUUUUGUAACCCAGUGUGUAUAUGAUGUGAUUAAGAAUUAUACAUACUUGCUGUACAUGUUGAAUGUAACAUACCAUGGCAACUUUUAAAGUUUAAGAUGUUUGAAAUACAGUAUAGAUAUAUU